GAGAACCGAAGAGCACAACGAAACGUAAAAAUUUUGUUUUUUCGUUCUUAUGCAUUUUAAUUCUGUUUCUGCAUUACGCUGUUUCAUGGUGUAACAUUAGAGUGCAAAAUCUUUGUUGUGAAAACGAAAAAUACUUGAGUAGAAACGCAAAAGUGAUUUUUUGGGUUUAUUAUCUGCUGUGUUUUGAAUUUAAAAGCUGAGAAGUUGAUUCAUACUAUUUAAUUAAAAUGGGAGCCGUUUUAGGCCUGCUUUCGGCAGCAAAUCUUGCCUGCUGCUGCACCGGAACGGCUUGCUCACUGUGCUGUGCACUGUGUCCGUCGUCGCUGAAAUCCAACUCGACAGCCACCCGAUUUAUGUACGCUCUGAUGCUGCUACUUGGGGCCAUCGUGGGAGCAAUAAUGCUUGCCCCCGGAUUGCAGGAAUUCCUGCAGAAAGUGCCAUUCUGUGCGAAUUCAACAUCCACUACUGGGCAUCUUAUUCCAACGGCGGACACAAUAGAUUGUAGUUCCGCCGUCGGAUAUCUUGCCGUUUACCGCAUCUGCUUUGCACUUUGUUGCUUUUUCGCCCUCUGGGCAGUGUUAAUGGUGGGAGUACGUUCAUCCAAAGAUCCUCGGGCCGCGCUUCAAAAUGGGUUCUGGGGCAUCAAGUUUAUGAUCGUCACUGGCAUCGCUAUCGGGGCGUUUUUCAUUCCGGAAUCCGGAUUCGGUCCUGCGUGGAUGUGGGUUGGUUUGAUUGGUGGAUUCGCUUUCAUUCUCGUCCAGCUGGUUUAUAUUGUGGAUUUCGCCCACCAGUGGGCAGAAGCGUGGGUUAGCAACUACGAGGAGGAAGAAUCACGCGGAUGGUUUGCAGCGCUGUGCUGCGUUACCGGUUUGCAAUUUGCCCUAUCGCUAACUGGAAUCGCUCUGCUUUACGUUUAUUUCACGCAAGCCGAUGACUGCUCCUUGAACAAGUUUUUCAUUACAUUCAACAUGAUUAUCUGCUUGGGAGUCAACAUUUUAUCGAUUUGGCCGAAAGUUCAGGAAUACGCACCGAAAUCCGGUCUGCUGCAGAGUUCGAUGGUGACUCUGUACACCAUUUAUUUGACAUGGUCUGCCGUUGCUAACAACCCAGAUGCUGAAUGUAAUCCCGGCUUUUUGGCCAUCAUCGGAGAUAAGCAUAACAAGGUUCACUUCGAUGAGACUAGCAUCAUCGGUCUGGUUAUCUGGAUGCUGUGUAUUCUUUAUUCAACCUUGCGCUCGGCAAAUAACGUUUCUCGCUUGGCUGAUCCAGAGAAGCAAGUCUUAGCAGCAACGCUGAGUGAUGAUGGCGGCUCCAGUACCGGCGGACACCAGGGUAAUGAAGUACGCGACAAUGAGGAAGAAGCGGUCGCCUAUUCAUGGUCACUGUUCCACGUCGUUUUCAUCACUGCUACAUUGUACGUGAUGAUGACCCUCACCAACUGGUACCAACCAAACUCAUCGCUGGACACUUUGAACGCUAAUGCUGCUUCCAUGUGGGUGAAAAUUAUCUCCAGCUGGUUUUGCGUAGGGCUCUACGCUUGGACACUGGUAGCACCGAUGAUUUUAACAGAUCGCGAAUUCUAUUAAAUGUUACAUAGAAAAAAUUACCAGCAGCCAGAUGAUAGUAGUAAUGAUUCUCUCCAAAGUCAGUGUUAAAUUACCAGAGAAUAAGGUUUUAUUAGAAUAAUCGACCGAUAUUUCUAUCAAUUUCGUGUCAUAAGGUAGCUUUCUCAAUAAGAAAAAAAUCGAACAAAUAUGAAAAUCUGUGCUAGUAACAGUAGAUUACAUUUAUCUCCUAUUAACUUUACAAGUAUGUAGUUUCCAUGUAUCCUAACCGAUAAAAUGCAAUAUUAAUCCAACCACGUUCAAUCUGAUAAUAAAGGCCAUUUCCGACCCUA